UCUCCUGGUCACACUAGGGAGGUCUAGAUGUGAAUUUGCUUGGACAGCACAGAAGCCUUUGAUGUAAGGCAUUUUUAUAACUUUUUAAUUAUUAUAUGCACACCUUAGAUAUUUUCAUUUCAGUCAUAGUAUGUGCUCUCAGAACAAUGCAAGUUAAUUGUUUAUAAUAAACAAUUUAUUCAGCAAUUUUCACGGAAAUCUGUUUUAUUCUGUGAAAGUUUAAAAUGAGAACCUUUGUCUUUGACGUUGUUGUAUUCUCAUGUGCACACUUAUGUCUAUUGAGUUGCAUUUUACAAAUAGUUCAUGCACAAGAUGAGCGGCGCAACGACCCGCAAUCCGGCGGCUUUUUGCGAAGGUUUAGAUGGGAGGUCAACGGCAGGGUUCACAGUCUGCUGAGCCGUGCAUCACAGUUACAGGCACCGAGGCGAAGGGAAGAUAGUAGGGGCUCAGUCCGGUCAAAUCCCGUCGUCAUCAUCCAGAGCAGUAACGAAACCGAAGAAAAUUCUCAAGUCGGUCGCGGAGAUUCGCAGAGAGCAGAAGCGCAACUGCGCGGCCGCCACUGGUUCCAAGCUGGAGCUGCGAGAAGAUCCCAGCAGCGCAGAGCCGAUGCCGAGAGAUCACCAGAGACCAGCGAUUCCAGCAGAGAAAAUACCCCCCAGUUUAGCAAUUUAAGACCGGAGAAUACAAUGGUAGCGGACGACCCAUACGACCCCUACAAGUCCUUUAACGAAAACAACCCGUAUUAUAACACAUAUGACACCUAUAACAGACCAAGACCUGAUGCCAGACAGAGACCGGGGUAUGGUACGCGCUUUUUUCAAAAUGGUUUACCUGACCUGGUUCCAGAUCCAUAUUACAUCCAGACCACGACGUACAUCCAGAGGGUCCCCAUGUACAACCUGAGGUGCGCAGCAGAGGAGAACUGCUUGGCAAGUACAGCGUACAGGUCCAGCGUGAGGGACUGGGACACGCGUGUCCUGCUGCGGUUUCCGCAGCGUGUGAAGAACCAGGGGACAGCAGACUUCCUGCCCAGCCGGCCGCGCUACGCCUGGGAGUGGCACAGCUGUCACCGGCACUUUCACAGCAUGGACCAAUUCAGCCGCUACGACCUGCUGGAGAGGGACUCCCAGAGGAAGGUAGCUGAAGGACACAAGGCCAGCUUCUGCCUGGAGGACACGUCAUGUGACCCAGGCUAUUACAGACGCUUCGCCUGCACAGCGCACACCCAGGGCCUCAGCCCUGGAUGUUACGACACGUACAACGCAGACAUCGACUGUCAGUGGAUCGACAUCACAGACGUGAACCCUGGGACCUACAUCCUCAAGAUCACAGCCAAUCCUGAAUUCCAAGUCCCGGAAUCGGACUUCUCCAACAACGUAGUGCGCUGCGAGGUCACCUACACGGGCAAUUAUGCCAGUACCUCGGGAUGCCACGUCUCCCCGUACUAAAGCGUGAAACACGCUCUGAAGUCUGGUCUUGGAGGAUGAAGGGCCAGGCUCUGCUUGUCCCGUGAAACGUGAACACUUCCAGCCUCUGUAUAGUAAAAUUUACUGUUUUCUGCUUUUUUUAUCCUCAACAUGUAGAUCACUAGCAGUACAUGAGUAUCUGUGGACAUGUAACACAGUCACUGAUUUUCCUCUGUCGGGUAAAUUGUAAAAACAUUAUUUUGUGGUACAUUGUAGCUUUAAAAGAGGUAUGAGCAGAGCCAAUGGCAUAUAGUGUAGAUCUUCCUCAUAUUUAGGCUGUAUAGUUAGAAAUAAGGGGUAGCUGUAGAAUAUUGGAGCCAUAUCAACGCAAAAUGUAUUGUGUUAAUAUUAUGGUAGUGCUAAUUGUGAAUUUCACAGUGGUGAUGGUAUGUUAAUGUGUCUUAUGUCCACAUUCUUACUGAUCCCUUUAUUUUAAUUGGAUGUAUUGCUGUGUAUCUCAGUCUGUUAGGAAAAACUGAGUAAACUUGAAACAAUCUCA